AUACCGGUAACGAUACCUAGAAAAACGUGCGAGUGGGGAGAAUUGAGAAAUUACGAUAUAUAAUUUCGCUGAAAAUAACGCCUUUAACAACUUUAAAUUACGUCAAAUAAAACUGAAUUUGAAGAAUUUAAAUAUAUGGAUUGAAAAAAAAAACACCAUCAUCAUAGCCAAAGCAUCAUAUACAUGAACUAAAUCGACAAGAUGACAUCUAUCAUCAAGCUAAUCCCAUUUUCUGGGGUUUUAGAUGAAUCUCCACCCUGCUACAUGCUUCAAGUAGAUGAGUUCAGGUUUCUACUUGAUUGUGGAUGGGAUGAACAUUUCACUAUGGAGAAUAUAGAAGGACUGAAAAAGCACAUUCAUCAGGUAGAUGCUGUUCUAUUGUCAUAUCCUGACAAUCUUCAUCUUGGAGCCUUGCCCUACUUGGUUGGCAAAUGCAAUCUGACCUGUCCUAUAUAUGCUACUAUUCCAGUCUACAAGAUGGGACAGAUGUUUAUGUAUGAUUUAUAUCAGUCUAAACACAACUAUGAAGAGUUUGAUUUGUUUAAUCUGGAUGAUGUUGAUGCUGCUUUUGAUAAGAUCAUUCAACUCAAGUACUCUCAAAGUAUCAGCCUAAAAGGUAAAGGUCAUGGUUUAACCAUCACACCUCUACCUGGAGGUCACAUGAUCGGCGGAACAAUCUGGAAGAUUGUGAAGGAUGGAGAGGAGGAGAUAAUCUACGCUGUUGACUAUAAUCACAAGAAAGAGCGCCAUCUUAAUGGAGCAGUUUUGGAGAGUAUUAGUAGACCAAGUCUCCUCAUCACAGACUGUUUCAAUGCGACGUAUGUUCAGGCAAGGCGAAGGGCCAGGGAUGAGAAACUGAUGGAUAUUAUAUUGAAUACAAUGAGGAAUGAAGGCAAUGUUCUGAUAUCAGUUGAUACAGCAGGAAGAGUUGUAGAACUCUCACUUCUUUUGGAUCAACUAUGGAGGAAUCAGGAUUCUGGAUUAGGAAACUACUCAUUGGCAAUGCUCAACAAUGUCAGUUACAACGUUGUAGAAUUUGCAAAAUCACAGGUUGAAUGGAUGAGUGAUAAGGUAAUGAGAGCAUUUGAAGACAGAAGAAAUAAUCCCUUCCAGUUCAAGCAUCUGAAGCUUUGUCACAACCUCAAGGAAUUGGCCAAAGUUCCUGACCCUAAGGUUGUGUUAGCCAGCGUUCCAGAUUUAGAGUGUGGCUAUUCAAGAGAGUUAUUCACUCAAUGGAGUAGUAAUGCUAAGAAUAGUGUCAUCCUAACCAAUAGGACAUCACAUGGUACACUAGCUAGGAGGUUAAUCGAAACACCCAACCCAAAUCAACUCAAACUCAGGGUAAGUAUAAGGUUUUUUUGUGGCUAUUCAAAAGAUUUAUUCACUCAAUGGAGUAGUAAUGCUAAGAAUAGUGUCAUCCUAACCAAUAGGACAUCACAUGGUACAUUAGCUAGGAGGUUAAUCGAAACACCCAACCCAAAUCAACUCAAACUCAGGGUGAGCAGAAGAGUGAAGCUUGAGAAAGAAGAACUAGAAGAAUAUAGGAUUAAUGAAAAGGAGAAGGAAAGACAGAGGAAGGCAGACGAGGCUGCUCAGAGGCGAUUAGAAGGAGAUUCAAGUGAUGAGAGUGAAGAAGAAAUGGAGGUUGAUGAUAUGGGAAGAUCAAGGACCAAGCAUGAUCUUAUGAUGAAUACAGAUACUGGAAAGAAAGGAACAAGUUUCUUCAAGACACUGAAAAAAUCCUACCCCAUGUUUCCAUUCCAUGAAGAGCGGUUAAGAUGGGACGAUUAUGGUGAGAUCAUCAAGCCUGAAGACUACAUGAUCAAAGAGACCUUACAGACAGAAGAAGAGAAAGAAGUGAAGGAAGAUGAGGUUGCUGAUUUUGAGGAUGCAGCUGAAGGUGAUAUACCAACAAAGUGUGUAGCAAGCCAGAUCAUUGUUGAUGUUAAAUGUUCGAUAACCUUCAUUGACUUUGAAGGUCGUUCAGAUGGAGAAUCGAUGAAGAAACUUAUUACCCAAGUAAAGCCAAGACAACUGGUAUUAGUUCGAGGUCAGAUGAAUGCCACACAACAUCUUGCUGAGUACUGCCAUCUACAGCUUGCUGGAGUUAAGGUCUUUAUACCAAGAAUGAAUGAAAUAUGUGAUGCUACUAUGGAAAGUCAUAUUUAUCAGGUGAAACUGAAAGACAGUCUUGUUAGCUCUCUACUCUUCUCCAAGACUCGGGAAACAGAGUUAUCUUGGAUUGAUGGUUGUCUGGAUCUACAAUCAGCUGGAGACAAGCUUGCAGGCAAGGCUAUCAAGGGAACAGAUACCUCAACCAAUGGAGAUGACAAGAAGAAAACGCCUGGACUCGGACUUGGAAAUGAAAGUGAUGAUUCAAGUGACGAUGAAGAAGAUAUCAUUCCAGUACUUGAUGCCGUCCAAACAAAUGAUGUAACACCCCACAGGCAGGUGUAUAUCAAUCCACCAAGGUUCCUAGACUUCAAGCAGGUGCUAGCUAAGAAUGGAAUCAGGGCUGAGUUUACUGGUGGUGUUCUUGUCUGUAAUAACACUGUUGCUAUAAAGAGGAAUGAAAAAGGCCAUCUGACUCUGGAAGGAGCUUUAUGUGAGGAUUACUACACCGUUAGAGAACUUUUGUAUGAGCAGUAUGCCAUUGUAUGAGGAAGGCCUCACAUGGUACAUUGAAGAACUUUCAAUUGUUACUUUUCCCAUGCUUCCAUUGGAUACAAUUCAUAAAGCCAAGCUAUGACAGGCCACCUAAUAUAUUGCACUUCUACCUCACAAUUGGUUCCAACUGUGUAUUUCUGUCAUGCAUCUGUGUAUGGAGGAGUUGGCUUGUCAUGAGGGGAAGUCAAGCUUUAAACAAAGUACUGGACAGUGACCGGACAGUAUCAUCGCAAUAGUAUCAUUCACAACACAAUACAACUUUUCAGUCUGCAUUAUUGUUUGUUUUGUAUUUUUGUGUAUUUCGAGGAAUAAUCGAUUUUGCUUACAACGUGGCAGCCAAAGUUACAGCUAAUCUUGUCGGAACUGGAUCUGACAGCAAAGUUAUGGUGAAUAUUGCUCUCACCAAAUGCCUUUCUUGAAAUCACUCUGUAUUACUGUGUGAAGGAAGAUGUUUAAAGGUCAAGUCCACCCCAGAAAAAUGUUGAUUUGAAUAAAUAGAGCAAAAUCAAACUAGCAUAACGCUGAAAAUUCCAUCAAAAUCGGAUGUAAAAUAAGAAAGUUAUUGCAUUUUAAAGUUUCGCUAUUUUUUCACAAAACAGUGAUAUGCACAACUCAGUGACACACAAAUGAGUCGGUUGAUGAUGUCCAUCACUCACUAUUUCUUUUGUUUUUUAUUGUUUGAAUAAUACAAUAUUUCAUGUUUUACAGAUUUGACAAUGACGACCAACUUGACUGAACCAUAUAUUAUUCAAAAAUGCUAAUUCCAUAUGUUCUGGGAGGAAAUAAUCUUUGUUUCACUUGUCAAUGAGGAGAAAAUUAGAAUAUUUCAUAUAAUAAAAUACAAAAGAAAUAGUGAGUGGAUGACGUCAUCAGUCUCCUCAUUUGCAUACCGACCAGGAUGUGCAUAUAACUGUUAUGUGAAAUAAGCAAAACUUUUAAAUGUCAUAACUUUCUUAUUUUACAUCCGAUUUUGAUGAAAUUUUCAGUGUUAUGCUUGUUGGAUUUUUCUCUUUUUAUUCAAAUCAACUUUUUGAUGGGGUGCACUUGUCCUUUAAGUAUUAGACUUCAGCUGUUUGUACCCAAUUUUUUUUUUACUGAAAUGAACAAUAUUUAAAUUGGCAGUGCCUGUGACAAGAAAGGGAUCUUGUUUUGUAAUUUAUAGAAUCAUGACAAUUUGUCUUGGUUUCUUUACCGCCGCGAAACAUACUUACAUGUACUUACUGCCUGUUAUGCCUCCUGGCAUGAAGAGCAGCAACAGAAGCUCUCCACUAGUCCACUCCCACCUGCCUUGGGCCAGUCUCUGAAGUGACCCCCAGGUCUGUUGGAGGUUAGACAUUUCACCCUCCAUGGUCCAUCGCCAGGUGUUCUUGGGCCAACCUUGUUUUCUCCUUCCUUCUGGGGUCCCCUGCAGUGCUGUCCUUGUUAUGUCAUCCACUUCUUUUCUGAGUACAUGUCCGAUCCAGCUCCCCCUCCUUUUCAUAAGUAUGUAUUCCAUACGAAAUAUACUGCCAAGGAACAAAUCGAUUAUGAUAUGCUUUCAGCAUUCCGACUCCCUUGUUUCCGUUGUAACUCAAAUGACCAUCGAAAUGUAGUAUACCAACAUUGAAAAUAUGUUUUUGAUUGUUGUAUUACGGUUGCUUGUAAGUGCCAUCUGUUUAACAAGAUGGCAUGAUUUUUUUAUCUUGCCAGGUCAACCUUAUUAUUAGCCUUUGUAUGUUGACAUGGUGAAAUACAAUCUUGCCAAGUCAACCUGUAAAAAUUUGUCAUGGGGUAUUAUAUUACCAUUAUCUACUAUAUAUUUUGCCAUGAUGACAUAAAACCUUUUAUAAGUCAACUUGGCAAGAUAAGAUAAAAAUAGAAAAGCAUGACGGUUUGAUGAAAAUAUAUCGGAGUAUAAGCAGAGUUACAGAUUAUUUCAAUUUCUAUUUGUGUCAUCAUAUGUUAGCAGCUGCCCCAAAUGUCAUGUUAUAUAAAUUCCAUAGAUUCCCAGUUUUUGUUGGUUCAUAAUGGUUGAAAUAUAUUCCUCUUAGAAGUGUGUUUGAAUAAUUGGAUCGAAUAGAUUAAAUGCACAAGUAAAGUCAUUUUCAAUUUUUUUUAAGAUUACAUCUUAUAAUUUGAUGGUUUUCCUAAGGUGAUACUCAUAAAAAACCCAUGUAAUUUGUUUAUAACUGUGAACUCAAUUUUUAUUGAGAAUUCGUUUUUAUAUGAAUGAAUGCCAACUUUGGAUUGAUUAAUAUCAACAUUAUUUCAUCAAUCAAAUAUAGAACAACAAAUGUGAGACCUUUUUCCUUGAAACCAAUAAUGAUUUGCUAUGCAAGGUUUUCUGUAAUUAGCCAAAAUAGUUACUUUGUCUUCAAAAAUAAAAAUUUUGAAAAUAAGCUUAUCUGAAAUUGUAUCUCUUUUGUCUCUGAUCUGUAAAAAUUUGAAGCUGUUGACUUUAACCGAAGACGAGAAGUAACAGGCUUCUUUUUUACACCAUUUUAUUGUGGACUGCUGGAAAUUUAACACAGUUUGAACAAUAUGCAUAUGUCAUGCUUGAGUGAACCCUAAACUUCAAACCCUGUUUGCUCCUUAUUGUUUGAAGCUGUAUUACUUGUUUAGGACCGUGGGUAAUUUUUUAUCAAUUUAACAAGCUUUGUACUAUAUAAAAGCUUUCAACUUGCUUUUAAAAAUCUCAAAAUUAAUCUGAGUAACUUGUGUUGGUCUUGAGGUGGAAGGUCACAUAUCUCAAAUUUGUUUUGUAGCUUGACAGUGCUGCAAACAUUAUUCAACUAAAGCUAUCAAAAAGGAACUCUUUAUAUUUUGUAAGAAAAUGAACUAUGUAUUUCAAUGAAAUCCAAGGCCCUCUCUCUAAUUGAUUCAAAAGUAACAAUUUAUUUGUGUAGAAUGAUGAUUUUUCACUGAUUCGAAACUAUAUUCUUUCGAACUACUUAUACAGGUCAACAGGAAUUCUAUUAAGUGAAUUAAAAGGAGCUCCCAAAGUUAAACAUGUUACGCAUUAUUUUUUAAUGAAAAUGUACUCCAGAGAUUUUCUAUCAAGUCAACAACACAAUUGUCAUCUGAGGUUUUUGCACAGGAUUAAUGGGAAUGUUUUGUGAAGUUAAUGUAAAUAUGUAAUAAAAUUUUCAAGAAAAUAAAAAUAUUGUU